CCCCUUGGAACUCACAGAGAAGAAAAGCGAAUAACCAUGUCGAGUCUUAUGGACAAAGCUAAGGGCUUCGUGGCGGAGAAGAUCGCCCACGUGAAGAUGCCGGAGGCGAGCUUGAAGGACGUUUCCGUCAAGCACCUCGGAAGGGACGGCGCCCGUUUCCACGGCGAGGUCUCCGUCGACAACCCUUACAGUCACCGGCUCCCCGUUUGCGAGCUCAACUAUACUCUCAAGAGCGCCGACAGGGUUGUGGCGUCGGGGUCGGUGAUGGAUCCUGGAUGGAUUGAGGCGAGUGGAUUGACGAAGCUGGAGGUUCCAUUCAAGGUACCCUACGAUUUCUUGAUGAGCUUGCUUAGGGAUAUUGGCCGCGAUUGGGAUAUCGAUUACGUGUUUGAUGUUGGGCUAACUAUUGAUUUACCGAUCGUCGGGAAUUUUACCAUUCCUUUGUCUACCAAAGGGGAGUUGAAGCUUCCUUCCAUUACUGAUUUCUUCUCGAGGGAGAAGAGCCCAGAAUCCUAAUUUUCAUUACUCGCUCUUUAUCUGUGUGUGUGGAAUAGGAGUCGAGCAUGUAAUUAGGCAAUCAAUAAUGUCUGAUAGACAUAUGUAUGGACUGGAUGCUUUGUUUUAAAUAAAAAAUUGAGUGAGAAAAAUACUUUGGAUCAGCUAAUUCUAAGCUAAA